CCCUAAGUCUCUCUCUCUCUCUCUCUCUCUUCUAUUUACACCACUGUCUUGAUAACAGCUCAAGGAGGGCUCUCUCUUUCAAGUGUUUAUGUGAUCAUGGGAAUUCAGAAGCCUGCAUGGUUGGAAGCCCUCUGUACUCAGAAGUUCUUUGCCGGUUGCUCCUAUCAUGAAACUGCUAAAAAGAAUGAAAAGAAUAUCUGCUGCUUGGAUUGUUGCAUCAGUAUAUGCCCCCAUUGUCUGCCAUCCCAUCGUUUUCAUAGGCUCCUUCAAAUUCGUCGUUAUGUAUACCAUGAUGUUGUCCGAUUGGAAGAUCUUCAAAAGCUCAUAGACUGUUCGAAUGUUCAGGCAUAUACAAUCAAUAGUGCCAAAGUGGUGUUCAUCAAGAAAAGACCUCAGAACAGGCAAUUCAAGGGUUCUGGAAACAACUGCACUUCCUGUGACAGAAGUCUUCAAGAACCUUAUAUCCAUUGCUCUCUCGGAUGCAAGGUGGACUAUCUCCUUAAAUUGAACAAGGACCUCUCUCUUUUCCUAAAGAAAUGCAACUCUCUUCAACUCAGUCCUGACUUCUUGGUUCCUCUUUCUGAUACCGGAGACGAGGAGAUGACGAGUGAUCAGACCAACCCUCAUUCUACAAUUGUGGACUGCGAUGACCCAAUGAGCUCAUCAUCAUCCGGGUCAUCAGGGUCCGAGAACAUGAGCAUGAGCAUGAACAUGGGAUACAGACAUCAUGAGAUUGUCCGGAAGAAGAGAAGUGGACUGAAUUAUGCUUCAUUGUGCGGAAGAUCAGCUCAUAAAGUUUCAGACGAGGACAUGGCCUCGAGCAUGAUCAGUAGAAGAAAACGCAUUCCUCAUAGAUCUCCUCUGUGUUAGCAACAAAAAAAAGAAAGAAGAAAAAAACCACAAAACUUAAACUUACUAUUUUGUCUCUACAAUUUUCAAUUUAAUUGACUGAA